CAGGCAUCAGGUCAUUUGGCUCGCCAGCGGGCACCGCGUCAUCUGGCAAGGCAGUGGGCACCGAGUCACCAGGCACGACAGCGGGCUCUGAGUCAAUUGGCACGACAGCGGGCACCGGAUCAGGGUACCGGAUCGUCUGGCUCGACAGCAGGCACCGGGUCAUCUGGCGCUGGAUCGUCUGGCUCGACAGCGGGCAUUGGGUCACCAGGCAUGACAGCGGGCACUGGGUCAUCAGGCAUUGGAUCGUCUGGCUCGACAGCGGGCAUCGGGUCACCAGGCAUGACAGCGGGCACUGGGUCAUCAGGCAUUGGAUCGUCUGGCUCGACAGAGGGCAUCGGGUCACCAGGUAUGACAGCGGGCACCGGGUCAUCAGGUACCGGAUCGUCUGGAUCAACAGCGGGCAUCGAGUCAACUGGCCUAAUAGGAUCAUCAGGCUGGAUCAGCUGGGUACAGACAUCAGGUUUGAAGUGCGGGUGCCGAGGCACC